AUGACCGUCUCCAAGACCGUCACCACACUCUCCAACCAGAAGCCGUGUAUGACGGCUAAAGUGCAUGCCCUGCUGAAGACUAUAGACCUAUCCUUCAGAACAGGGGAAAGGGCGGCCCUCAGAAUAGCAAGGGCCAAACUUGCUGAUGGUGGUGUUGUCUCCUUAACCAUGCAGUUCUGCAGCUUUUAUCGCUGUGUCCUUUUCUUACUCACCCUCAUAUUCACUACUGCUCUUGAGAUUUGUCCUACCCGGGCAAAACUUCAUGAGCCAGUGAUGCUCUCAUGUAUACAUCAAUGUUCUGGUUUAUUGAAAUGGAACUUACUUAGUAAUCGUGAUGUUAUACUCGCUCAGUGUAAUCAGACAUCAUGCAAGUCAGAGAAGGGAUUUGGCAUCUCUUAUGAUCAGUACCUGCAUGGAGAUCUCUCUCUCACCAUCACUGCAGCUGAUUACAGUAAGAGGAACGUGUACGCAUGUGAAUGUGAAGACUCAGACUUCACUUAUGUGCGCCUUGUCAUAGAGACUGUGUUCACACCAGUUCAGAUGAAGCCUGAUGAAGCUCUGAGGAUGACUGUGUCUGUACCAGAGCCAGUGGAGGUGAUUUAUAAAAGCGGUAAUUCAGCUGAUGAAGUGAUCUGCAACGUGACUAAAGACUCACUACAGUGUAAAAAUGAUUACAGACACAGAACAUCACUCACUUACCCUGAGCUCACACUGAAACACAUGAAGCCAAGGGAUAGUGGAAGUUACACCAUCCGGGAUGUGAAGAAUAAUGAAGAUCUUCAGAUAUACGCUGUCUCUGUGCAAGAUAAGUCUGGUUUUCCUGUAUGGGGUAGUGUACUGAUAGUGCUGAGUCUGCUCUGCUGCUGUGUUGGUGUGGGAAUAUACCUACUGCAGAAAAACAAGUUGCACACUCGACUACUACAAGUGGAGCAGCUUGUACAGCAGGCUGAAGGAGGAACAGAGGAGAACAUCAGUGAAGUGGAGAUGGCACUCGACCAGCUGAAGCAGCAGUACAGUAACACUAAAUAUUCAGACAAGGUCAAUGUGUUCUGCAAUGCAAAAAGGAAACAGCUGCAGGAGCAGCAAGAACAUCUAAAAAGAGGAGUGUUGGAGAGGCGACUAGAUCAAAUGGACCAGCUUGUACAGCAGGCUAAAGAAGGGACAGAGGAGAAUGUCAGAGAAGCAACAAAGUCGCUCGAUCAGCUGAAGAAGCAGUAUGAGGAGAGUGAAUAUUCAGACAAGGUCUCAGUGUUCUGCAGAGCAAAGCAGAAACAGCUGUUAAACAGCCAAAUGCUACCUGUGGAACAGCUUGUACAGCAGGCAGAAGAAGGGAAAGAGGAGAACAUCAGAGAAGCAGAGGAGAUGAUCAAACAACUGGAGCAGCAGAACAAUGACUAUUCAGAUGCAGUCACAUCUUUUUGCAGUGCAAAGUGGAGACAGCUGAACUGGUACAGACUACAGCACAGUAAUGAUGAACGUCUAAUGACUGAGAGAAGAGAGUUGAACAGUCAUCUGCUUCAUGUGGACCAGAUUGUACAACAGGCUGAAGAAGGAUCAAAUGAGAAGAUCAGAGAAGCUGAAAAGAAGCUUGAUCAGUUGGAGCAACAGUACAGGUACAAGGAUUAUUCUGAACAGAUCAAAUUCCUCUGCAGGGUAAAGAGGGAACAGCUAAAGAGAUACAGUCUACAACCCAGCAUUGAACAACAUUUAAUAACUGGGGACGGAGAGUUGAAUAGUCAGCUGAAACAUGUGGAACAGCUUGUACAGCAGGCUAAAGAAGGGAAAAUGGAAAACAUCAAAGAAGUGAAGAUGUCGAUUGAUCACCUGGAGCAGCAGCAGUACCUAAAUACUGAAAAUGUAAUACCAGUCAUACCGAUCUGCAUGUUAAAGAGGGCAGAGCUCUUCUGGUACAGACUACAGCAUAGUGAUGACAAAUGUCUGAUGGCUGAGAAAAUAGAGCAGAUAAAGCUGAAGGUGGAGAAGGUGAUGGAUAGUGUACAUAAACUCAGAAAUGGAGCAGAACAAAAGCAGGAGAUACUGAGCUCCAGAUUGGUGGAUGAGAUGGAGGAAUAUCUGAAGGAGAUUGAAAAGUGGUGUGGAGAGAUGAGGAGAGAGAUACCUACCCUCAUACAGCAGCACAGAUGUGGAGCUGUGUGAGACCAACACACACACACACACACACACACACACACACACACACACACACACCUGUUGUCCUCUGCACCUCUUUUACCAUUUGGUUAAGAUAAACACAGAAAGCCACAAAUUUCACUCCCAUUAUAAUUACUGCAGCUGUCAAUCACUGCAAGUCGUUGCAAGCUCACAGACUUCCGGUUACAGUCAAAGCAGCACAGACUCUUAUUAAUAUGGUGUUUACACUCAGCUGGUUAGAAAUGUAUAAAUAUUCCAGCGGGAUGGUGGAAAACAUGCAAUUAAACAAGCAAUAGUCAAUAGUCUUAUCUUCCACUCCAUUAGACUACAAGAGUUUGUAGGAUGAAUGGUCUGGAUGUUGUCAUGACGGUCUGAGGUGUGUACAAGUUCUGAGAUUGUGUGUAUUGUUGUUAUAAAAUGGUGAACUGUUUCAUGAAUUGUGUUAGCAAUGAAUUGUGUUUUUGGAUGGAAAAAUUUUAGAUGAAAACAAGAAUAACUGACAAAUGUUUUUGUAAAAACACAAAUCUAAAAGAAACACAAUAGUUUCAGGAGCAGAGUCACACACAGACCAGCAGGUAAUUUAUUCAAGGAAAUAAAGGACUUGACAGGAUAAUAUUUAUAGCAAUUGAAAGUAAAUUUCUCUCAUUUUCUUAGUUAAAUUAUAUUUAUAUGUUAAAGUAAAAAAUUUUCCACGGUAUAUUAUUGACAAAGCUGCCUGAAUGUGACAUGACAGGAAGUACAGUGACAAGGUGUUAUUAAAAAUGUACACUUUUA